AUGCUUCUCUCUAUGUUUCCUUUCUAGAUACCCAGGGAAAGAAUUAGAAUUGAAUCUACAUCGCACCAGUAUGUGGUGUUGGAAGCACAAUCAUCUGUAUUUAUCUUGGUGCAAACUAUCCUUGUUUCAUAUCAAUUAGGACACAUAUUUAUCCAGACUGAUAAACCAAUCUACACACCAACUCAGACUGUUCGUUACCGUUUGUUUUCUGUGAACAAUGAAAUGAAGCCCACCAACAUAGACGCCUUUGUUGAUUUUGUGAAUCCGCAAGGCGUUAUUGUGAAAAGGGUUGAAGAAAGAAGCAGAAGUCCUUCUAGCAUAAUCGGAAGUACCUUUCCAAUUCCCAAGAUUGCAAAUAUUGGAAUAUGGAAAAUCACCGUAAGCUACAGAGAGACCAGCCAUGUAAACUACACCACCGCAUUUGAAGUGAAGGAAUAUGUGUUACCGAGUUUUGAAGUUACCCUGGAGUCAAAAGAAAAGUUUUUCUAUGUUGAUGAUACAAAGUUAGAUGUUUCAAUCACUGCAAGAUUCACUUAUGGAAAGCCUGUUGAGGGUCGUGCAUUUGUUAUGUUUGGAAUAAUGAAGGAUGGUGAAAGGAUAGGCAUCCCAUCAUCACUUCAAUCAGUAGCUAUUACAGAUGGACGAGGAGCUGCUUCCCUGACAAGCAAAGUUUUGAAAAGCGGCUUUCCCAACAUUUAUGAGUUUGUGGGAUGCUCAAUCUAUAUUACUGCUAGUGUCAUAACGCAUACAGGUACUGACAUGGUUGAAGCAGAAAAAUUAGGAAUAAAAAUAGUCACCACCCCAUAUGCCAUAUCAUUCACCAAGACUUCCAAGUAUUACAAGCCUGGAAUGCCAUUUGAUUUAAUGGUCUACGUAACAAACCCUGAUGGUUCACCAGCCAAUGGAAUCCCUGUGAUGACCAGUGAUGGAAAGUAUAAUUCCAGGACACAAGCUAAUGGUCACGCCAGGCUAUCAAUAAACACAGGUGGAGAGCCAAACACCCUCUCAGUAAAAGUUGAAACAAAUGUUGCCAACAUUCCCAAAGAUCGUCAGGCUUCUGCAAGUAUGGUGGCAGAGCCAUAUAGGACACAAGCAGGUUCAGUGAACUACUUACACAUUAGCAUUCAACAAACAGAGCUAAACCCUGGAACAGAUCUAUCAGUUCAACUCAAUCUCCGAAAUAAUGAUGUCGCAACCCAGAACAAGAUAAACUACUUCACCUACAUGGUAAUAAGUAAAGGAAAGAUAGUGAAAGUUGGACAACAAUUAAGAGAGAAGGAUCAAAUCACAACGAUAUUGCAAAUUCUAGUCACCCCCAACUUAAUUCCGUCCUUCAGGCUGCUAGUCUAUUACUAUUUGACAAAUGGAUUAACAGUAGAAAUGGUUGCAGAUUCUGUAUGGGUUGACGUGAAAGACACAUGCAUGGGAAGACUGAUAGUGUCUGCUGCAAAUAAGGAUGAAGAAAAUAGGAUUUACAGACCUCGCAAUAAGUUUGAACUGAAAAUCACAGGUGACUCUGGGGCAACUGUUGGCUUUGCUGCUGUGGAUAAAGCUGUGUUCGCGCUGAAUAAGAAAAAUAAGCUAACACAGAGUAAGAUCUGGGACAUUGUGGAGAAGAAUGACAUUGGCUGCACGCCUGGAAGUGGCAGUGAUGUUCUUGGUGUUUUCACAGAUGCAGGACUAACAAUUGUAACAAACAGCAACCUCAAGACGGCUACAAGAACAGAGCUGAAGUGCAAACAGCCAAUGAAACGCAAACGUCGUUCAACGAGAUUAAUGGACAUUAAAGCUGCUAAAUUGCAACAAUACAAUUCAACAGAGAGGGUAUGUUGCAGAGAUGGAAUGAAACCAAACCCCAUGCAGUUUUCAUGUAACAAGAGAGCAGAGAGAAUAACACUCAGAGAAGAUUGUAAAGCUGCCUUCUUAGAUUGUUGCAACAGCGUCCAAGAAUUUAAGAAUCUACAGAGAAAGACUCAAAUGACUUUAGCAAGAAGUGAUGAAGAUGCCUACUACACUCCCUAUGAGGAUAUAUUAUCGAGAAGUAAUUUCCCAGAAAGCUGGCUCUGGAUACAGAGGAUUCUGCCCACAAAUGACAAAACAGGAGUUGCCACAACGGAGCUGCCUGGUAUUCUUGUGGAUUCUAUCACGACUUGGGAAAUACAGGCUAUCAGUAUGUCUGCAGAGAAAGGAAUAUGUGUUGCUGAACCUUAUGAUCUGAUAGUGAGGAAGGACUUCUUCAUUGACCUUCGACUCCCAUACUCUGUCGUCCGUAAUGAACAAGUGGAAAUUAGAGCAGUUUUGUACAAUUAUGGUACGGAGGAAAUUACAGUGCGUGUGGAAUUUCCAUAUAAUCAAAAGUUCUGUAGUGCUGCAAAACAGAUGAAGAGAUUCAAACAAAUAGUUCAUGUCCCUGGAAAAGGGUCAACUGCUGUACCUUAUAUCAUAGUUCCACUGGAAAUUGGACAAAUCGAUAUUGAAGUCAAAGCCUCAGUCUAUGACAGAUUUAUUGUUGAUGGUGUGAGCAAACCCCUUCUUGUGCUGCCUGAUGGGAAAGAAACUGAUUUGCCGUUGCAAAUUUAUGAUUUGGACCCCAAAGGUGAAGAACAAAAGAUUGAGGUUGAUAUCAAAUCUCCACAGGACAUUGUUCCAAAAACAGAACCAAGCACAUUCAUCAGUGUUCAAGGAGACAGUUUAGCCCAAACAUUUGAAAAUUCCAUUGAUGGAGCCAACUUGAAACAUCUAAUUAAAGUUCCUACUGGCUGUGGAGAGCAGAACAUGGUAUAUUUAACCCCAGGAGUGAUUGUCACCAAAUUUCUGGACAAAACAAGGCAAUGGGAAAGAGUGGGAAUAGAUAAGCGAGAGAUCUCAUUGCGGAACAUUAGACAAGGUUAUGCUCAGCAGCUAACAUAUCGCAAAGAUGAUGGUUCUUAUGCAGCAUUUCUGUCUAUUCCAUCUAGCACAUGGCUGACCGCUUAUGUGCUGAAAGUGCUUGCAAUGUCGAGCGAUUUGAUCUCAAUUGAUACAAACCGUCUUUGUGAGGCUGCAAAUUGGCUAAUAAACAAUAAACAGCUCAUUGAUGGUCGCUUCAAAGAAGAUGCUCCUGUUUUGUAUUUAAAAACAAUGACUGGAGGACUUGGUGAUGCAGAAAAUGAUGCUGCCUUAACUGCAUUUGUACUCAUUGCAUUGUUUGAGGCUGAUGAUGUUUGCUCAACUUUUGUAGAGAGUUAUGGAAACAGUAUCGCUAAAGCAGGAGACUACCUGGACAAUCAGUUUGAUAAUCUGAAGAAAGCAUACUCUGUGGCAAUAACAGCCUAUGCACUCUCAUUAUUGAAUAAAAACAAACUGGACACCCUGAUGAAAUUUGCUUCAGAAGAUCAAUCAUACUGGACAGAUGCUGGCAACACUAACCCUUUGUACACAAUUGAGGCCACAGGAUAUUCCCUUCUCACUCUCGUGCAGUUAAAGGAAUUUGACAAAGCUGGCAAAUUAGUGAAAUGGCUGUCCCAAAGGGGCGAGUAUGGAGGUGGCUACAGCACCACGCAGGUGACAAUGGUUGCUUUACAAGCUCUGACCAAGUAUCGGGCAGAUAUCUCUCAAGAGAAUGAAAUUGACUUGGAUGUUAUUGUAACCAUCUCCGGCAGAACUGCUCCUGUUCCUUGGUAUUUUAACACAGAUAAUAGAUAUGUCACAAAAACAGAACAGAUCAACAACUUUGGGAACUUCACAGUGAAAGCCAAAGGAAAAGGACAGGGAACAUUGAAGGUUUUAACUCGUUACUAUGCUCGAUUAUCGAAGGUAGUCAAAGAAUGCAAAAACUUUGAUUUACGAGUUACUGUGGAAGAUAUGCCUCAAGCGAAUUCACCCCAAGGUGCUCUGAGUUCUCUGGCGAUAAAUAUCUAUGCACGAUAUCUCGGUGACUCAGAUUCUUCAAUGGCCAUUAUAGACAUUUCCAUGCUGACAGGAUUUUCUCCAGAUUUAGACGAUCUUAAUUCGCUACAGAAUGGAGUAGACAGAUAUAUAUCAAGAUAUGAACUGGACAAGUCGUUAUCAAUGCAUGGAUCUCUGAUCAUUUAUCUGAAUUCGGUUUCACAUACAGAAGACACUCAGGUGGGAUUCAAAAUACAUCAGUUCUACAAAGUUGGACUUAUUCAACCAGCUUCUGUCAAGGUUUAUGAAUAUUACAAUAAAGAGAACAGCUGCAGCAAAUUCUACAAUGUCGAUGAAAACAACGCCAUGCUUAGCAAAAUCUGUCGAGGUGACGUUUGCAAAUGUGUAGAAGGAAGUUGUUUGUCAGUCAAACUGCCAGAACAUCGAAUCUCUUACAGAGACCGUCACGAAAGAUCAUGUGAACAUGGGAUCGAUUAUGUUUACAAAGUAACAUUUCGCAAGAAGGAGAAGAGAGACAAUUACAUAAACUACGAAAUGCAAGUUCUGAUUGUGAUAAAACAAGGUACUGAUGAUGUUUACCCUCAAAACAUUAGAGAACUAAUCAUUCAUGCUAAUUGUGAGGAAAUAUUUAAUGUGGAAUUGGAAAAUGACUAUCUGCUGAUGGGACAGGUAAUAGAUCUGUGGAAAGGUGAUGAAAGGAUAAGCUAUGUGAUUGGAGAUGGAUCAUGGAUAGAAUGGUGGCCAAAUGAUGUUCAGUGCCAAAAUCGGCAAUUCGCCAGACUCUGCCAGAACCUGGAAGAAUUUCGUGAAAUUUUAAUGGUCAACGGCUGUGACUAUUAAUUUUUUUAAAAUGUUAAUGGUAACAAAUAUUGUUUGCAUCCAGUCAUCCAAAAUAAAUCAAGCUUUCUAAUCAAA